AUGAAUGGCGCCGAACAUAGACAGAUCGUCCAGAGCAUCGUCGACUCCGCGGCCAACGAUAAAUCUCAGCUCUUAAAAGAGCGCGGCCUGGAUGGCAUUCCUUCUCCGGAAGCCAUACACCGAGAAAUCGAGGAUAAACCCCUACUCCCAAAGACAUCUUUGCCUCGACACUGGCUUCCAACGUACCAACUACAUUGGAAACCGGAACUGUCCAUACCUUCCCUUCUCACCUACACACCAUCGCCUCCGCCCACCAGUGUUUCUUUUGUGAGGACUGGACUCAACGGACGCGUCACUGGCCAUGUAGAGGUGCCUAAUGUACCUCCUUCAACGGGCCUGACUUCAACGUUAACAUCAUUGGAUCGCGCACCCGGGCCAUCCAAAAACUUUGUUCGCGGGCGCUCAGGGCACGUUCCAUUCUGGCCUGGCGGUCUUGAAGACGUAGUCGUGUCGGAAAGUACUGCAUCAAGUUCGAAAACAGGAUUCCGCCGGGGUUCACUCGUGGUUUGCUCCUUCCUGACGAGGUUGACGAGAGCCUGCUUGAGUUGGGCGAUGGUGGUGACUUCAGAGACGACGAGAUUGCUGCUGAGGCGGACGCGUUUUUCGACGAACAAUCUGAGCAGCCAUUAUCCACUUCACCAAAAUCUCUUCCCGCUCAUGCAGGCGCGCGACUGGGCCCAUGUUAUCGAUGUCAAUACAUUCCACGAACUUGUCCCAGAAAUGGCUCAUAAGUAUCCCUUCGAGCUCGAUACGUUCCAAAGGCAAGCCGUUUACCAUUUGGAGAUGGGAGAUUCGGUUUUUGUCGCUGCACAUACGUCUGCUGGUAACACGGUGGUAGCUGAAUUUGCGAUUUCAUUGGCAGAAAAGCAUGUGACACGCGCGAUAUAUACGUCUCCCAUCAAGGCACUGUCUAACCAGAAAUUCCGCGACUUCAAACAGACUUUCUCCUCCUCGUCGGUCGGUAUUCUUACUGGAGACAUGCAGAUUAACCCCGAAGCAAGUUGUUUAAUCAUGACAACAGAGAUUCUGAGAAGUAUGCUGUACAAGGGUGCAGACCUUAUUCGAGAUGUGGAAUUUGUUAUUUUCGACGAGGUCCACUACGUGAAUGAUGCUGAGCGAGGAGUUGUCUGGGAAGAGGUCAUCAUCAUGCUACCGGACCACGUCAACAUCAUCCUUCUCUCCGCUACAGUCCCAAAUACAAAAGAAUUUGCUGAUUGGGUUGGACGGACCAAGAAAAAGGAUAUUUACGUAAUCCCGACAGCCCAGCGGCCUGUGCCUCUCGAACAUUAUCUUUAUGCUGGCCGUGAAAUGUACAAGAUUGUGGACUCGAAAAGAAACUUUGUUGCCCUUGGCUACAAGGAUGCAGGUGAAGCCCUACGUCGAAAACAAGACAAAGAACGUGAAGCUGCUGGAUUACCUCAAGAAGGGAUUACUGCCUGUCGUCGUGUUUACGUUCUCCAAGAAGCGCUCUCUGUUGAGAAAAGCGAAGUCCAUGUUGCUAUUGAGAAAGCCAUGUCUCGUUUAAAAGGCAGCGAUAAGAAACUCCCGCAGAUUGCUCGAAUGCGAGAUCUCCUUUCGCGUGGAAUCGGUGUUCAUCAUGGCGGCCUUCUCCCGCUUGUCAAGGAAGUGGUUGAAAUCCUGUUUGCUCGAGGUCUUGUCAAAAUCCUCUUCGCAACCGAAACUUUCGCUAUGGGUGUAAAUAUGCCUGCCAAAUGUGUCGUAUUCUCUGGAAUACGGAAACACGAUGGACGAACUGUAAUAAUUGUGGCUAACGACUCUCUGCCAGAGCAAACAACCCUUCAAACGAUGAUUCUGGGAAUACCGACCAAACUCUCUUCGCAGUUCAGGUUAACCUAUAACAUGAUUCUCAAUCUUCUCCGCGUCGAGGCGCUCAAAGUCGAGGAGAUGAUCAAACGCAGCUUCUCCGAAAAUGCCUCCCAGCGGCUAUUGCCCGAACAACAGAAGCAAGUUCUCGAGAGUGAGAAGGUGCUGUCGUCGCUCGCGAAACUGAGCUGUGAUAUAUGCCAACCCGACAUUAAUUCGUUUUACGAUGAUUCGCUUGCGAUCGUAUCAGCAAAUCAACAGUUGUUCAGAAUGGCUGUUGGUCAUCCACAGGGUUCAAAACUCCUUUCUUCGAGACGCGUUAUUAUCCUGCGAGAUGCGCAUUUCAAUAAAACAUAUUUCGUGUUGGCGCUUGUCGAUCAAGAGACAAAGACCCGCAAGCGAGACAUGGACCUACAAGCUGUGACACCGAAAUGGCCGCCCAGUCCAAACUCUCUGGUGGUGAAUGAUGCAGUCUACGAGGUCACCGCUGUAUCGCUAGCCAGCAUAGCUAUGAUCACUGGACGGACAGUCAAGAUCGAUGUGGAUGCGAUUGUGGACCGACAUCUAAUUUCACGCAUGCGGGAGGCUCUCGCGCUUCUACAAGGUCUAGUUCACGAAUGGAACGCCAGCACUGUGAUUCCAGAAGUCGACUGGGCAAGGAUGCGGUCGCUUGAGUUUCAAGAAACGUUGCUUGCUCGAAACUCACGCGUCGAAAAGUUGUCGGGCCGCGAGUGUUUGCUGUGUGGCCGCGUAGCGUGCGAGAUCAACUCGAUCAACGAACUCGUUCUGACCGAGCUCAUCCUCGAAAACACGCUUGCGAGCUAUUUUCUUGUUUUAUCUUCCAGGAAAAACCCAAGCGACCGUGUGGGGCGGAUGCAGGACUUUCACCAAGUUGCGACGGAGGAUUUCCGUUCAAGUCUGAAGAUUGGACUAGUUGAGGUGCGCUGA